AUGCUCCGCCCAAUAUUACCACGAGCGCGAUUCUGCCUCAACUCUUUCCGUCGGUCACUAGUCACUGUUCCAGAGAUCAAUCCAAAUUUCAGUAAUGGAGUCCCUGGGCUGCUCUCGACAGCCGGUUUCGAUAUUGCAUGGACGCAGUAUCAAGGUCUGAUGGUUGAGAAGCUCAAUAACCUGAUAGCCGGAGGAGACUACGAAUCCAAACCACCGAAAGAUAUCCUCAUCAAAUACGCUCGCGAUCCAAAUUCCGCUCCCAUUUUCAACUAUGCAUCAAUGGCAUUUAACAAUCACUUUUUCUUUGAGGCACUGUCACCCGUGCCAACAGCCAUCCCAGAAGCCCUCCAAGUCGAACUGGAGCAAUCUUUCGGUUCCAUUGAGACUCUAAGGCGCGAGUUCAUUGUCACAGCAAGCUCGAUGUUCGGCCCAGGUUUUGUCUGGCUGAUGAAAAAUCGGGCGGGAAAAUAUACGCUACUCUGCACAUACCUGGCUGGCUCGCCGUUUCCCGGAGCUCAUUAUAGAAAACAGACGGUGGACAUGAACACGGAAGACAAGUCUGUAUCAGAGGCGAUACGGAGGUUGCAGAGAGAAGAUCCUGUGAACACUGUUGGAGCACAUGGACAGCAUAGUGAGAAGAAACUUGCACCUGGUGGAAUUGACAUCACACCUGUCCUCUGCAUCAACACGUGGGAGCAUGUUUACGUGGCAGACUACGGCAUGGGAGUUGGUGGAGCCGGAGGCAAGAAGGAAUAUGCUGAGCGUUGGUGGCAGGCUAUCGACUGGUCUAAGGUGGAAGAUAGGGCGAGGCCGUCCCAGGGAAGGAAGCCAAGUCUGUUGAUGUGA